UCGCUUCACUUUCACCGACGAGGGAAGGAGGAGCAUGCUGCUCCCGUGCGGACCAACAUUCUAGAAUGUUCACACGCCGUUGCGGCGGUGCCGAGCUGCUGCUGGUUCUGUGCGGGCUGGACGCCUCGCUGCCGUGCCCGCGCCACUGCAUCUGCUACACGUCGCCCAGCACCGUGUCGUGCCAGGCGCACAACUUCCGGGCCGUGCCCGAGGGCAUCCCGGCGGACAGCCGGCGUCUCUUCCUGCAGAACAACAAGAUCGGGCGGCUGUUGCGCGGGCACUUCCCGCCGGGCGUGGCCAUGCUGUGGCUGUACUCCAACAACAUCUCCUACAUUCAGCCGUCCGCCUUCCACGGCUUCCGGCUGCUGGAGGAACUGGACCUGGGAGACAACCGCCACCUGAAGGCGGUCGCCGCCGACACCUUCCGGGGCCUGGACCGACUCCGCGCCUUGCACCUGUACCGCUGCGGUCUGCUCAGCCUGCCGCCGGGCGUCUUCGCCGACCUCCACGACCUCAAGUAUCUCUACCUGCAGGACAACCAGUUGGAGUUCCUGGAGGACGACCUGUUCAUCGACCUGCUGAACCUGAGCCAUCUGUUCCUGCACGGCAACCGCCUGUGGAGCCUCCACCGGAACACCUUCCGGGGCCUGGGCGCCUUGGACCGCCUGCUCCUCCACCAGAACCGCAUCCAGUGGGUGGAUCGGCAGGCUUUUCACGACCUGGGGCGGCUCACCACGCUCUACUUGUUCAACAACUCGCUGACGGAGAUGUCGGCGGAGAGCUUAGCUCUCCUGGCUUCCCUCGAGUAUCUCCGUCUCAACGACAACCCUUGGGACUGCGACUGCGGGGCGCUGCCUCUUUGGGACUGGCUGCGGAACUUCCGAGGCUCCAGUUCUUCAUUGGUCUGCGUUUCGCCUCCGGAGUUGGAGGGGAAAGACCUGAAGAUGCUGAGGAAGGAGGAGCUGCCCACUUGUCUAAAGGGAGAGGACGGGGAAGGCGGCGUCGCCGCCGGCGCCGAUUCGUUGAACCACCUCAAUCGUCACCGGAACCGUCACAACCAACACCAGCGACCGUACCUGCCCCACGGUGACCAGCACAACGUGCCGCCGCCCUCGACCUUGCCACGACCACCCAAGGGGGGCCGUGGGAACUGCACCAGGCGGGGGCGCAAGGCCAAAGCGGGGCCCAAUGAAGUGCGGCCGCUCGGCGAGAGGAGGGGGAAAGACUUUGGGGGGAAACGUGACGGGUUGAUCGGAGCCAAGAGGAAGAACAAGUGUUUGCCGAGAACUUCGGUGGGGCCGCCCAGUGGGGUCCAGAGGGCCACUAACGCGGUUUCGACACCCUCUGCUGGGGCCUUUUUCUGUUUAGCUCUGCUAGCGUCGCUGCUAACUCUGCACUGACCCAAGACUCGGACUUCUUUGUUCGAACCUUGUGAGAGGAACUCACAAGUCUAUUGUGGAGAGUACAAAGGCCCAAAACGUGUACCGUGCACAGUCCGGAAUUUGUCCGAUUUUCAUUUUGGACGUGUCUCAGUCAGGGAAAAUAAAGGACUCCUACGACGUCCGACGUCAUUUAGGUCACCCACAAAGGUUGAAUGGAGGCCAGCGGACCUGUUCUUGUUUCAGCUUUCCUCCAAAAUGCUUCUUCAGUUCUUUAUUUUAGGGGUGGCGUUUCCCUAAAAAUGGCUCUUGUGGCUGUCCUGCGCCAGCCAUAACUGGCGACGAAAACAACACUACGAAAUUGUGAGAGUCCACAUUGAAGAUUUAGAACUGAAGAAUCCUUUGAACAAAAACAAAAACCCAGCUUCCUUGAUUCAACUUUUGCGGAGUACGAUUUCGCGGUGCACAAAGGACUCGUGCUGUCCAGUGGGAGUGCCUAACAAGGACCUCAAGCUUGGAGACUCACGUCAAAGUUCUCAAAAAGGCUUUCCUAAACCCCAGAUCUUGGACGCUGGAACCACGAAUGGACUGCUUAGCCACAUUUAAUUUCUUGGGACCUUGGUUCCUGGCCCAGGUCAUAUUCCUGGUUGUUGUCAUGGUCCUGGCCAGAGUCACGGUCUUGCCUGUCGAUCGUGGUUACGGUCCACGGUUUCGGACGUAGGUCUUGGGCCUGGUUUUUGCUCUUUGAUUACGAGCUCAAAGAUUUUGUGCGUUUGUUCAUUAAUGUUGAGAAGAACGCUGGAGGUCAUCUGGGACGCUUGCGGUGAUGUGUGAUCAUCUCGCUUGGACCUUCUUUCCUAUCAGGAGGAGUUUGCAAAAGACGAAAUCCUGUUCUCGUUUCUCCUCCCUCUUUUCACCUGUACUCUCCCCUCAUCUCCUCCAUCUCUCUUUUGAUUUUCGCUCCCUUCUUCGUCCUGUCCUGCUCCUCUCCACCUCCACCUUUUCUUUUCCACGUCACCCUGUUCUCUCCAUCUUCUCCCGUCGGACCACCGGCUGUCACCGCUGUUACUCACCAUCCUCCGUCUUCACCUUCCCCCUUAUUACCAUCCUCCGCUUUCACUUCCCAUCUUCUCCAGUUUAACUUCCUCUCCCAAUCUUUUGUUUCCUCCCUUUCAGCUGGUAAAGCGUUGGCCUCACAGUUCUCAGGUCCCGGGUUUGAUCCCUUACCCGCCUGCGUGGCGUUCACGUGUUCUCCCCGUGCCCGCGUGGGUUUCCUCGGGGCAUUUUGGUUUCCUCCCACAUUCCAAAAACAUGCAAUCGGACACUCUAAAUUGGCCCUAGGUGUGAUUGUUUGUCUCUAUGUGCCCUGCGAUUGGCUGGCGACCAGUUCAGGGUGUACCCCGCUUCCUGCCCGUUGACAGCUGGGAUAGGCUCCGGCACUCCCCGCCACCCUUGUGAGGAUAAGCGGCAAAGAAAAUAGAUGGACGGAUGGAUGUUCCUCCCGUUCCAUGUCCUCGAGCAUCAUAUUUUCCGCUCUUCCUUUCUCCACCGUCUUCCUCUCCUAUCUUCUCGUUUCACCACCUCCAUUUUCCUCCAUGUCAACCGUCCCCACCUCCCUCCCUCUGUGUUCCCUUCUUACCUCCACCGUCACCUCCUCUCUUCUCCCUCCACCCGUACACAGACGCAAGUACACGUUGUUUCUAAAUAAAAAAUAAACAGGUGUCCUCAAACGACUGCGUCCUGCUGUGUGUUUGUGUAUAAUAGCCCUGC